AUGGCAACUUCGCACGACGAUCUCCACGGUGUUCCGCGUCAGGAGAGCAGUGUCGGACACCAGCGGUCCAAAUCUUCUGUCCUUAAAUCCUUCAUGCACAGGCGGAACCAGUCCGGUGGCAGCAACCUCCCCUCCGGCCUCGCCAUCAACACGACGACAGCAAGCAGGGCACCCCAGAUCGAAUCCUUGGAGAGCCCACCGGUCAUGGGGUUCGCAAGGCACAUGGGCGGCGCCCUCGGCGAGCUGCAACAGAAUCAGCAGGAUACCACGGGACCCCGCUCUCCACGAAAGACACGAGAUGAACGGCAAAACAGCGACGACCGCGGACGGUCACCCACCAAAUCAGCGUUCAGCACCUUUGCCCGCAUCAAGGAGUCCUCUCGACCACCCAAAUCGCGCGAGCCGCAGGCAAAGGAGGACGAGCGCCGCGAAGCAGGUAACAAGGAGAACAGAACACCACCAGCCUCGACCUCAGCAGUCGAUCUCAUCGGACCCCCACCCCCCAUUUUCGCUCAAUUCUCGAGCCAAGACCUCGGGCAACAGCAGCAGCAGCAGCAGCAACAACAACAACAACAACAACACAAUCGCCAUCUGGACGGCAAGACCUCCUUCGACAUGGGCAGUGCCCACGGCAGCAGAUCGACAGAGAAUAGCCUCCAGCCCUCGUCAGGACCUCUUGGCAAGGAACGCCCCAAGUCCUACCAGCCCUACACCUCUUCCAAGCCCGAAUCCCGCGUCCGCGAUGAUGCGGGUCUCCUGCCUACCACGAGCCACAGGCCUCAUCACGAUAGCCGCAAGCCCGCCUCGUCGGAGCGCAUCACGAGCAAAGCGCAACGUCCCAAGAUCUUCACGGCCUUCUCGGCCUCGGGCCACAGGACCGACAAGCAGGCACCAGAGAGCAACCCGGGCGAUGCCGUCAUCGACCCCAAGGACAUCAACGCCCACCUCGAGGCCAUGCUCGACCGGCGCAACAUCCCCGAGAACCAGCGGUUCAAGAUGCGGAAUCUCAACGACACAAUCAAGAUGGAGUUUAUCCGCCAGGACUGGGCCGAGAUGGCGGCCAAGGCGGAGCAGCAGCAAACCGGCAACGGAAACGAGAGCACGACGAGCGUCGACGCGGGCUCCUCCUCGGCCGUCGCCGUCGGCACGGAUACCGAGGAGAGCCACCCCAAGCGGACGCGCGGGCGGAGCUUCACGCUGGGGCGCGCGAAGAAGGACGCCAAGUCGCCGACGAAGAAGUCCAAGGGCGAGGGAACGCUGAGCAGACACUUUCGGACAAAGUCCACCGAGAGCCUUGUCGGCGAGAGGCCCGUGACAGCGGCCAACCCGUCAGCUGGCAGCGGGAUCCUCGCCAAGAUCAAGCUCGGUCAGGGGCCUGGUGACUUUGUGUCGUAUCUCCGCAAGGUGCAGAAGCCUGAGCUGGUCGAGGUCGGCAAGCUGCACAAGUUGCGCUUGCUGCUGCGGAACGAGACGGUGUCGUGGACCGAAGAGUUCAUGAAGCAGGGUGGUAUGAAGGAGAUUGUCGAUCUCCUGAACCGCAUUCUGGAGGUGGAAUGGAGGGAAGAGCACGAGGAUGCACUUCUUCAUGAGAACCUCCUCUGCCUCAAGGCACUCUGCACCACCGCCCUCGCAUUGCAGUAUCUCGACUCGAUCCACACAGACCUUUUCCCCAAGCUGAUUCACAUGAUCUUCGAUCCCGAGAAGAAGGGCCCCAGCGAAUUCACCACCCGCAACAUCAUCACCUCGGUCCUCUUCACCUAUAUCGAGUCAGCAUCGCCCCAGGAGCGCGUCAUCCGCGCCAAGGCCAUGCUCUCCUACCUCCGCAACCAGGAGGGCAAGGAGGAUGAGCGGCCCGUCCCCUUCGUUCUCGAGAUGCGCAAGGAGCGCCCCUAUACCGUCUGGAACAAGGAGACCGUCAGCGUGACAAAGGAGGUCUUCUGGAUCUUCCUCCACAACCUCAACGUCGUCGCCUUGCCCGCCGACAUGUCCAGCAAGGGUGGUGCUCAGCUUGACAUGCCUCUCUCCGCCGGCCCCGGUCACUCUGACCACCUACCCUACGCAUACAUGCACAAGCACUUCCCGCAGGAACGACCUCCCGUGCCCGCGGCUCCCUACGUUGGUGGUGUCGAGUGGGACGCGACCAACUACCUCGCUUCCCAUCUUGAUCUCGUCAACGCCAUCCUUGCCUGCACGCCCACCGUGGCCCAGCGCAACGCUAUCCGUCACGGCAUGCGCAUCUCGGGCUGGGAGCGCUGUCUCGGUGGCAGUCUGCGCCUCUGCAAGGAAAAGUUCUACGGCUGCGUCCACGAGGCCCUGCGCACCUGGGUCGCCGCCGCCGCCGAAGACGGCUGGGACGUCCGCGAUGUACGGUACGGACCGCCGCCCGAGCCGCGGAGCCCCAGGAAGAAGCCCGUUGCCUUAGCCUCUGCGGCGUCGCCCGUGCCCGGAAAAGAUGCCGCGCCCCGCAUCGAGAUGCCCAAGCUUGACUUUGGUCUGCCGACGCCGCAGCAGAAGGACCGGGACGCCUGGCUGUCCUAG